AUGAUGCUGAAAGCAGUGCUUGUGAUGCUGGCUGUCCUGAUGCCCCUGCUGCAGGCUUCAGGCCAAAUUGUCAACAUCAACCUCAACACUGGGGGCAACACAGGAGGGAGUGGCACAGCAGACAAGAGUCAGGUUGCUGACAACCUUGCUGCGCUGCUGAAGCAAACUGAGGGACUAUUCCAAGACACCAGCCUGCUGGAACCACAGCUACUGGACAUGUCAGAUGCUGGACAGAACAUGGUCAUCACUCUGUUGCUGGAACAGAACAAGCAGAUGCAGGGGCAGAUUAGGGAGUUGCGAGACAAGGAUGUGGCUGACUUGAAGAACCAGGUCAAGAAUCUCGCAUUGGAUCUCUGCCACAACAAAAUGACCUGCUGUAACCAGACCCUAGCAGGCUGUCCCAGUGGCUAUGAACUGUACUGUGAGAAGCCCGACAUGUGCUACAAGAUCUCUACCGACGUGAAAAACUACACCGACGCCAAGUCUGACUGCCAGGCUGACGGUGGGCACCUGGCUAUGCCUAAAGACCAGGCAACAAACGACUUCCUGGGCAAACAGGUCAUAGCCAGAAAGUACUACUUUGCCUGGAUCGGUCUGACAGACGAGGUGACAGAGGGAACCUGGAUGUGGGAGGACGGGACAAAACUCGGCACAGGCUGGAACAACUGGGGACACAGGGACCGCAGCUCCCGCUUUGCGCCGCAGCUGUGGCGGGCUGUGGCGGUCUGCGUCGAGCUGUGUCACAUGUGGUGA